AUCAUUGAUCCGAAAAUCAACCUUUAGCUACUAGCCCACAUAACAUACCAGCUUAGAAAUUCAAUCCACAACCUAGAAUUAUAUGCCUCGACAAUAUCCUGAAAUUCGAGAUGAUACUCCACUGACAACUCCGAGUCAACACUCUCUCCUUUAUGGCCUUAUUAACACCAAUGUUGAAUUUUCCAACACCUCAACCAAAAUCCAAAUUCACAAAAAAUGGAGUCAUCAGACACAAAAAUCCACAUCCUCCUUCUCCCAUUCUUAGCACAAGGUCACCUCCGCCCAUUCCUCCACCUCGCUCACCACCUUCACUCACACACAUCUUUCACAAUCUCUCUCCUCACAACACCACUAAACGCCGCAAAUCUCCGCAAACAAACCAACAACAUUAACAUCAACAUUGUCUCUCUCCCUUUUAACAGCACCGACCACGGUCUCCCACCUAACACUGAAAACACUGACAAAAUCCCUUUAACCUCAAUCAUCACUCUCUUCCAUGCUUCCACGUCACUCAAACCUCACUUCAUUGAUUAUCUCACGCGCCACCACGUGGACCGACCACCAGUGUGCGUCAUCUUCGAUGUCUUCUUGGGCUGGGCUGAUAAUGUGGCCCGGUCCAUUGGGUCCACUGGGAUUUGCUUUAAUACUGGUGGGGCUUAUGGGGUUGCGGCGUAUUGCUCGAUCUGGAGUUAUUUACCUCAUAUGAAUGUUUCUGAUGAUGAUGAGUUUGUUGUUCCGGGUUUUCCGGAACAUAGGAGAUUCCGACGUAAUCAGCUUCAUAGGUUUUUGAGAAAUGCUGAUGGUAGUGAUGAUUGGUCGAGGUUUUUUCAACCUCAGAUUAAGAUGUCGAUGAAUUGUUCUGGGUGGUUGUGUAAUUCUGUUGAGGAAAUUGAGGAAUUAGGGUUUGAGAUUUUGAGAAAAUCGAUGAAUUUGAAAGUUUGGGGAAUUGGGCCUUUGAUUAUGACUCCUUGUUCGAAUAAUAAUAAUGGUGGUGAUGAUGAUGAUAAUGGUUGUUUAGAGUGGUUGAAUCAGUUUGAAAAGGAUUCUGUUUUGUACAUUUGUUUCGGGUCUCAGAACACUGUGAAUCCGAAGCAAAUGAUGGAGUUUGCAAAAGGGUUGGAAGAGAGUAAGGUUAAGUUUAUAUGGGUUAUUCGGCCGCCAUUCGGGUUUGAUAUUAAUGGGGAGUUUAAACCCGAAUGGCUGCCUGAUGGGUUUGAGGAGAGGAUGAAGGAGAAUAAACAAGGGAAGUUGGUACAAAAAUGGGCGCCGCAAUUGGAGAUUUUGAAAAAUGAAGCAACUGGUGGUUUUUUGAGUCAUUGUGGGUGGAAUUCGGUGGUGGAAGCGUUAAAGGAGGCGGUGCCGAUUAUAGGGUGGCCGUUGGCGGCGGAGCAAGCGUAUAAUUCGAAGAUGUUGGUGGAGGAAAUGGCGGUGGCGGUCGAGUUGACGAGGGGAUUGGAAGGGGAGGUGACGAAAGAGGAGGUGAAGAGGGUGGUGGAGAUGGUGAUGGAUAGAAAUGAGGGGAGUUGUGGGUGGGAAAUGAAGAAGAAGGUUGUUGAAAUUGGGGAGAAAAUGAGGGAUGCUUUGAAAGUGGAGGGAGAUUAUAAGGGUUCUUCUAUUAAGGCAAUAGAAGAUUUUGUAGAGUUCAUAUUGUCCUCUAAGGGUAAGGAAGUUGCAUGAGCUUCGUGAGAAAAGUUUGUGUUCUUUUAUAUGAAUGUUAAGUUCUUGUCGGAUUCAUAUUGAGUAUUGUGCACCCGAAAAAACAUAAUUCAUGCUUUGCUAUGUUUUUAUGGUGCACUCAUAUGCACCUAUUUAUGCGCAAUCACGCAGAUAUAUAUUGUCAAUGUGAUACACAUGUAUGUCAAUAUAAACUCUUUUUAAGCAUCUUAAUAAAUAGGGGUGCUUCUUUCUA